UGACGAUUUCUUAAAAUCCAAUUUACAGUUUAUAAAGAUGAUUUGUUAUUGUUAAUAAACUGAUAAUAUUAAUAUUAAAAAAUAAAUAAUAUUAUUUAAUUUUAACCACCUCUCUCUAGUUAGUAUUUAAACACGCACUGUCGGAGAUUCAUCUGCCGCCAUAAUGUGAACACACUUCUUCGGAAAUCUCAAACCCGGAGACUUUAAAAACAGAGGAAACAAACAGAGUUAACAUGCCAGUUUCAUUAUCUCCGUCGUCUUCCUCUUCUCCGAGCUCUCAGCCACCGUCGUCUCCCGACCUGAAGCAGCGAGUCAUCGCCUGUCUCAACAAACUCGCCGACCGUGACACCUUAACCCUCGCCGCGGCGGAGCUUGACUCCAUCGCAAGAAACCUCACUCACGACUCCUUCUCCUCUUUCCUCAGCUGCAUCCACAACACCGACUCCUCCUCCAAACCCCCGGUGAGGAAACACUCCGUCGCCGUCUUGUCCCUCAUGUCUCGCCACCACGGCGAGUCUCUAUCUCCCCACCUCUCUAAAAUGGUCUCCGCCGUCAUCCGCCGUCUCCGAGACCCCGACUCCUCCGUCCGCUCCGCCUGCGCCGCCGCCGCCGCCGAUAUAUCCGCUCACGUCACGAGACGCCCCUUCGCCUCCGUGGCGAAACCGCUUAUCGAGGCGUUGGUCCAGGAAGGGGACAAGAACGUGCAGAUCGGAGCGGCGGUGUGUCUGGCGGCGUCGGUGGAAGCCGCGGCGGAUCCUGAGCCGGAGGAGUUGAGGAAGGCUCUUCCCAAGAUCGGGAAGCUGUUGAAGAGCGAAGGGUUUAAGGCCAAGGCGGCGCUUUUGAGUGCGGUGGGUAGUAUUAUAACCGCGGGUGGCGCGGGGAGUAAACCGGUUUUGGAUUGGUUAGUUCCGGUUUUGGUUGAGUUUCUGAGGAGUGAAGAUUGGACGGUUAGGAAAUCGGCAGCUGAGGCGUUGAGUAGAGUUGCGGAGGAGGAGGGAGAGUUGGCGUGGGAAUACAAGAAAGCUUGCACGGUGGCUUUUGAGAGUAGAAGGUUUGAUAAGGUGAAGAGUGUGAGAGAGACUAUGAAUAGAGCGUUGAGUCAGUGGAAAGAAGUUUCAAAUGAUGUAGAUGAGGCCUUGUUAUCUCCAUGUACAUCUUCCGUUGACGUUGGUUUCAAGUCUUCAAGAUUAAAGAAGUCAACGCGUAUGACCAAGAGGUCACCAUCUUUGCCUGUGAAUAGACAACAAAAGGAGAAUCUUCCAAGAAGGAAUGUAACCAUGUUAGUUGAUUCUAGGGAGGAGGAUAAGGUGAAGUCAGGGGGAGCAGAUGUAAUCAAACAUACAAUCUCUGAGAAAAGCAGGGAGGAGAAGAAACUACAUGGGUUUGGUUGUGGUUUGAGAUCUGGUUUUAGGGUGGCGCCAUGUAGUGAUGAUUCUUGUGAUCUUGUUGUCAAGAAUGGUAAUGAUGGUGUUGAUGAAAGAAGGAAAGAUAGUGAGGAACUUUCUUUGAUACGUGAGCAGCUAGCUAUGAUUGAGAACCAGCAGUCCAGUCUUUUAGACCUACUUCAGAAAUUCAUGGGAAGCUCACAGAGUGGGAUCCGGGCUCUGGAGUCUCGUGUAAGCGGUCUAGAGAUGGCUUUGGAUGAAAUAUCAUGCGAUCUUGCGGUUUCUAACGGGAGAGUUGUUCAAAAAUUACCUGGUGCAGAGUUCUCAAGUCCCAAGUUCUGGAGAAAAACCGAGGAGAGACCAAUGCAAACACGGACCAGCAACACAGCCAGUGAAAUGGCUUCUCACGAGAACAGUUUUGACCAUGGGAUGCAAAGGGGAGGUUCUGUUUUUAGAAAGAGAACAGCAAGAAACCAGUUCCAAGACUAUAUGCAUACAACAUUACAGAAAACAACCAGUAAAACCAUCUUUUAGUUGCUUUCCUCGGUGAUUAGCUUAAAAUCAAAGCAUGGUUGUAAAGAUUUGCUUGUUUGUAUAUUCAGAUUAUCUACUUGAAGUUAGUGAGAGAGUGCAUUUGAGUGAUUGAUUUUCUUGGGGCAGAGAGUGAUUUGAGGAAUGAAGUACAAUAGAAGCUGACUAAGAUGGUGGUGAACAUGAAAAAGCCAAAUCUCAGAUUUUAUGCUUUGCUUCAACCGCAUGUUUGACUUGUCUACUCUCGCACACGUUCAGCUUUCUCUUGUAAAAAAAAAAAAGAAACAAUCAAAUAGUUUAAUCAAAAAAAGCUUCAAGGAUUAAAGGCAUGUGAAUAGAAAUGAUAUAUGUUGUAAUGUCAUUAGAGUUAUGUCAAAACUAUGGACAAGAGAAUGUAUAGAUUUGUGCGACUGUUUUGUGUUUACUCUGUCUUAUGACUCUUAUCU